AUGAAUGUGACAUUAUUUCGGUGGCUACUUAUUGUAGUCACUAAAAUUAUCUAUUUUGUUGAUGCGAAUUGGAUUACAGGUAAUCUUUGUUGGUCAAUGCCAUGUAUGAAUGGUGGUUCAUGUUUUGGUUCAGCAUUUACUUAUCUGUGUGUAUGUCCAAUAAAUUAUAGUGGAGCUUUAUGUGAAAAAAGACUUGGUAUUUGUCAAGAAAGUCCUUGUGGUAAUCGAGGUUUAUGUGUUGAAACAAGUUUAACUUCAUUUGAAUGUCGAUGUUAUUUUGAUUAUAUGGGUCCAUUAUGUGAAGAACAUGUACCGAAAGAUGAUCCUUCCGUAUGGUCAUCCCUUAUACCUGUACAUACACGAGUUUUAUUUGAUAUAUUACAAGAAGCAUAUCGUGUAAAAGCUCAAGGUAAAUCAACAAUUACUUCUAGUAAUGGUCCAAUAGAUUUUUUGGAUUUAUUAACUACAAAUGGUGCAUCAUCAUCAUCAUCAUUCUUAUCUGAUACAACAUCAUCAACAAUAGUUAAAUCAAAUUUUAUAACUUCUUCAAGUGAGAUAACUCAACCAGAAAAUAUUAUACGAGCUGAAGAUAUUCAACUUGAAAAAAUUUUCCCUAAAAUUAGUACAGCAUCAACAAAUACCAUGUAUAAACCAAAUUUUAUCGAAAUGACUUCUCAAAUAUUUGAAACAACGGAGCCAAAUAAUUAUAGUAAUGAAACAAAUAUAACUUCUUCUAUUGUGGCAUUUACAAUAGAAAAUAUUACAACAACUGUAUUACCUCCUUUACAGACUGUCGAAAAUAUGAUGACAAUAUCAUUAGAACAAAAUCGAAGUAAUUCAUUAAAUAUUACUGAAGAUCAAGAAUUUAUUAAUAUGACUCAACAAUUCAAUACAAUGAUAACUUCUACACCUUUUGAAUGGUUAAAUUCUAGCAGUAACAAUGAUACAAUAACUGAUUUUACUCAUGAACUAAUACAAAAUUCAACUGAACAAAACAAUAAUAAUAUGGAAUCUAAUGAAUUUAUUAUCAAUACUACUUCUCAAAUAAUUGAUUACACUUUAUUUGAAACAAGCAAUCACUCAUCUAUUCAAAUUGAUAAUAAUCAAUUUAAUAUAUCAAAACAAACAAUAUCUUCAACUAAACAAUCUUUAACUACUGAUAAAGUAAAUGAUAUCAAUAAUAAUUCUCAAAAUCAAUUACUUUAUAAAUUAUGUCAACAACUUUUAUCUCAUAUUUUACCUAAUGUAUCGUCUUUAUCAUCAUCAUCAUCAUCAAGUGCUAUCGAAGAAGCUUUAUCAUUAGUAUCAAGUUCAUCAUCAAUUGGUAAUAAUUCAGUUGAUGAACUUCUUACUUGGAUUAAAGAACAACUUAGUUCAUCAACAAUUACAACUACUAGUACAACAACAACAACGGCAAAAACACCGUCAACAUUAUCAUCAUUAUUACAAAAUGAAAAAAAAUUAUCAACAAUGUCAUUACAACGAGUAGAUAUGGAUGAUGCACUUCAUCAAAUGAACAAUAAUAUGGAUGGUGAACAAUAA